CCAUUAGCAUGACAAAUUUGGCGCCAUAGCCAACUUCCUUGAGCUAUCAGGCAUGUUCAGUCAGUGGAUGAGACCUUGAUUCUGAGACCAUAAUCUAUCCCUGCAUCUGUUGUGAAGGCUCGGUCGUGGCAACAACCUUUCGCCGUAUGACUCCUUGGUCAUGGCGUCUGUCUUGCCUCCGGACUCCAUCGUAUGCAGUGGCUCCGAAGAUAUUCCCACUCAGUCGGGAACCCUCUUGGGUGUUGUCCUGGCCAUUGCAAACGUGUUCUUCAACUCGUCUAGCUUCGUUAUAAAGAAGUAUGGUCUCGGGAAGCUGAGCAUGAAAUACGACAGUAUUCAACUGCGAUUUCUCCUGGAUCCCGUGUGGCUCUCCGGCGCUGCUUUAGGCACCCUUGGAGACGUUGCUCAAGGCCUGGCCCUUCAGUUCACGUCAUCGACACUGGUAGUAGCUCUUGGAAUGGCUAAUGGUCUGGUAACUGCGGUGCUCAUGGUGACGGUGCUGAACGAACCAACGUCCGUUCUGGUGGUCAGUGUUUGCUUGCUGACAGUGGCCGGUACAGUGCUCAUGGUUCUGGGAGUUCCUUCAGAAAUGGAACCUAUGACUGCCAUGGAACUAGAACUCUUCCUCAUGCAGACCGGGUUCUUGGUCUAUGCCCUUCUGAUGGGUAUUGCGAUGGCACUGGCUGCCGGUCUUAUCUGGCAGUCGAAAGGCAACGACUGCAUCCUGGUCCACAUCUUCAUCAGUUCCUGUUCCUCCGUGCCGUACACGAUUGCUGUGAAAGCCAUCGUGAUGACCGUCGCUGAGAUCGGAGGCAUUUUCUCACCGAGAACGGCAGUCUGGAUAUUGGUCGUGAUGGUGUCUUUUGUGACGCACGUCAUCUUUCUGAACAAGGGUCUGGAAUACUUCGAUCCGGUGAGAAUAUCCCAACUAUCUUCUUGUUUCCUGAACCUGUGUUUCACGACGACCAUGAUGGUUCUGAGCCGCUCCUGGUUGGAACUGACUCCGUACCACGGGAUGCUGCUCCUCUUCGGCAUGUUCGACAUUGCCAUCGCUCUGGCGGCGUUUGUUAUAUUUCAGGACGACCAUCAUCGUUCGGACGCUUCGGUUAAAAUCGCCCUGAGGAUCCUCUUUAGGGGCACUAGGCUCGGACCUCAACCCACGAUCAGACGGGUUGGGAAAGAACGCCGGAGGAGUACGUGAUAACUUGUCCGCGAAGAGUUGGAUGUAUGAGCUUAAGUUGAAUUAAGACUGCGUAUCUCGGCAGGGUAAAGUUCAUUUAUUUCGAAGUAUUUCGGGCGGUUGUUUUAUAUGCGGACUCGCAAAUGAUAUUGCCGACGCGACCGUUGCUUUGUUGGAUCGAUAACGAUGGGGGAAAUUGGUUGGUCUGGAUUAUUUUGAAACGAGGAGAGUGCCAAGAAGAUGAGCUACAGGGAUAAGUUAAACGCACUUCAUCUAAUACGAGUAGGGUUUUUCGGGUUAAUGCUGAUUCCUCGAUUAUUCCCUCCCGAAUCAGUUUAGGACCAAUUCGGGUUAAAUCCGAUUUCUCCCCGAAUUUCGAUCGUGUAGCGCGUUGUACCACGUAUCACGUGCACUAUAUUUUGUUGCGAGCAAUUUGUACGCAUGUCUCACUAAAUAUUAUUUGAGAGUAAUAAUAAACAACGUGAACCACA